CGCCAUCGGCAAAAAUAUCUCGCCCUCGAGAACCCUCCCGUGGCCCCACGUCGGGAUCCUUAUCUUCAGCCGGGACCGCGCCUCCCCCGGCUCGCCGUCCGAUCCGAUCACGACGGCGCGCGUUGCGCCUCUCGCGCUAUAAAUCCGCGGGGUAGGGCAGCCGUGUUCACCCGUGCUCUCUCAGAGGUGGGUUGGCUUCUCCUCCCCCUCUUACCAAGUCCUCGGCUCUAGGGUUUUAGUGGGAAGGGAGAUGGCGGCGGCGGAUGUGGAGUACCGCUGCUUCGUCGGCGGCCUCGCCUGGGCCACCGACAACGCGUCCCUCCAGCAGGCCUUCGCCUCCUACGGUGACGUCCUCGACUCCAAGGUCAUCACCGACCGUGAGACGGGGAGGUCCCGCGGGUUCGGCUUCGUCACCUUCUCCUCCGAGCAGUCGAUGCUGGACGCCAUCGAAGCCAUGAACGGCAAGGAUCUCGACGGCCGCAACAUCACCGUCAACCAGGCUCAGUCCCGCGGCGGCGGCGGCGGCUACGGCGGCGGUCGUCAGGGUGGCUACGGCGGCGGCGGCGGCGGCUACGGAGGCGGUGGUGGCUACGGCGGUGGUCGCCGUGAGGGCGGCUACGGCGGAGGCGGUGGCGGCGGUCGCCGCGAGGGCGGCUACGGUGGUGGUGGCUACGGCAGCCGCGGUGACUCCGGUGGUAACUGGAGGAACUGAUGGGGUGGCCCUCCCGUGCUGGCAGCCAAGUUAUCCUAUAUAUCUAUUAGUGUUCGUGUCACUGUUUGAUCCGAGUUACCCCUGAGUUUUGUCCGUGUGUUACCGUUCGAUUAGGUGUUGGUUCCCAUGUUUACCGUUCCCGAGUUGUUUCCGCAAUGAAAUGAGAAGAAAAGAGUGUCCGCAAUGAAAUGAGAUUUGAUCUGCGCGCA